GUAGGCUUCUUGAUACCACGUCGACGAAUUGGAAAGAGCGUGCUCGGUCCGAUCAUUUCUGACGCAGAGUCUUCCGCUCGCUUCUCCUCGGCCGCAUCGCUCAGCUGCAUCGUAACCGCCCGGCUCCGGGCUCCCAGCCACCAUGCGCAAGCAACUUGACUCACGGAUCCCAACGCUGAUUCGCAACAAUGUUAUCACCAAUCACCGCUCUUUCUUUGUCCUUGUCGGUGACCACUCGCGAGACCAAAUCGUGAAUCUUCACUUCCUUCUCUCCCAGUCUCGUGUCUCGUCUCGCCCUAAUGUAUUAUGGUGCUACAAGAAGGACCUCGGCUUCACGACCCAUCGAAAGAAGAGGGAGGCCAAGCUCAAAAGUGAUCUCAAGAAGGGUGUCAAGAACAAGGAGAGCAUUGCCAAUGACCCUUUCGACCUCUUUAUUGGUGUUACCGACAUCCGAUACUGCUACUACAAGGAGACCAACAAGAUCCUUGGUCAAACCUUUGGUAUGCUCGUUUUGCAAGACUUCGAAGCCAUCACCCCGAAUCUCCUCGCUCGGACGAUCGAGACGGUAGAAGGAGGAGGGAUUGUAGUACUCCUGCUCAAGACCAUGACCAGCCUACAGCAGCUAUACAGCGUAGGGAUGGACGCACAUUCAAAAUAUCGCUCGUCGACAACGGAUGACGACCCAGUAGCACGUUUCAAUGAACGGUUUCUGCUUUCUCUCGGCUCCUCACCCACAUGCCUAUUGCUCGAUGACGAGCUCAAUGUCCUGCCCCUCUCGAAAGGCAAAGACAUCACUCCAAUCGAGGAAAACAGAAAGGGCAAGGGCAAAUCGCGAACAUCCGCAGAAGAGGAGCUGCAAGUCUUGAGAGAAGAAGUGAAGAACACGAAGGUAGUCUCCCAGCUGAUUCGAGAAGCCAAGACCCGGGACCAAGCGCUUGCCGUGCUCUCCAUCCUUGACGUCCUCUCCGCCUCUUCCACUUCAUCUGAGCUCAGCACGACGGUGGCACUCACGGCAGGCCGAGGACGCGGUAAAUCCGCAGCGCUAGGUCUAGCGAUCGCUGCAGCCAUCGCGUAUGGGUACAGCAACAUCUUCGUCACAUCACCAAGUCCGGAGAACCUCAAGACACUCUUCCAAUUUUUGCUGAAAGGUCUCGACGCCCUGAGCUACCAAGAGGUGCAGGAUUGGGAUCUGGUGCGAGGCGCUCCAGGUACCGAUUUGCAAAAUACCAUUUUGCGUGUUAACAUUUUCCGAAACACUAGUGGUAGUGGCUCUGGCGGAGUCGGCCAAGGAAGGCAGAUGGUGCAGUACAUCUCACCUGAGGACUCGCACAUUCUGGGCAGCAAUGCAGAGCUCGUCGUGAUCGACGAAGCUGCCGCCAUUCCCUUGCCGACUGUCAGGGAGCUGAUGGGCCAGGGGCAAUACCUCGUCUUUCUCAGCAGCACGAUCAAUGGUUACGAAGGGACUGGCCGCAGUCUCAGUCUCAAGCUACUGCAGCAGCUCAGAAGCGCAGGAGCAGGUGCUGGCGCGGCAGGGAGUGGGUAUGCAGCAACAAUACCUGCCGCAGGUGUGGAAGGCGGCAUUGCGGGGCUUGGCUUGGAUCAGGAGAGUGGGACAGUGGUUAAGAAAAAGAAUGCGCCUUCGGUUGCUAGCAAAGCUGCAUCAGCUGCAGCGCCGGGUUCCACAAAUGUGACCCUACACAACCGGUCCCUCAAGGAAAUACAGUUGCAGGAGCCAAUUCGAUACACUACCGGCGAUCACGUUGAGAGAUGGCUGCACGAGCUCCUGUGCCUCGACGCGACGAUCGCUCCUCUCGGAAGCAAAGGCAAAGCAAAGGCCAUUAACUCAGCGCCGCACCCAUCGCAGUGUGACCUUUACCUGGUUAAUCGCGAUGCAUUGUUCAGCUAUCACCCAGCAAGUGAGGCUUUCCUGCAGAAAAUGAUGGCCCUCUACGUGGCGAGCCACUACAAGAACAGCCCGAACGACUUGCAGCUCAUGUCAGACGCCCCCGGUCAGCGUCUCUUUGUCCUUCUCAAACCUCCAUCUGCCUCAUCGGCAGACGCCAUACCCGAGCCACUCGCCGUGCUGCAAGUCUCGCUGGAGGGCAACAUUUCACGUCAGACCGUCCUCAAUUCGCUUUCGCGUGGUGUGCGCGAGGCGGGUGACCUGAUCCCUUGGCUGCUCUCGAACUACUUCCAAGACACCGAUUUUGCGAGUGAGCUCAGCGGUGCACGCAUUGUUCGCGUUGCGGUGCAUCCAGACUAUGCGCGUAUGGGCUACGGCACGCGUGCGGUCGAGCUGCUGAGGCUGUUCUACGAGGAGAAGCUCAUGGAUGCCGACGCGGUGGCCGCAAAGGAUGACCGUGAGCGACAGCUGACUGGGGAAGGUGAGCUAGACACUUUCAUCAGCUUGGCUAAACAGAGCCAGAAGGAGAGCAAGAAGGGCUUGCAAGAAGACAGAAUCGCACUGCGCGAUGCGAGGCGCAUGCCGGCGCUGCUUCAGCGCUUGCCAGAACAGCGACCCGAACAGGUCGACUGGCUGGGCGUCAGCUAUGGCCUGACCCAAGUGCUCUUCAAGUUCUGGUCCAAGCUUGGAUACACGCCGCUGUACGUGCGCCAGUCGCCCAACGACACGACAGGCGAGUACACUUGCAUCCAAUUGAAAGCGCUCAAUGAGGACGAGAUGGACACAGCCGAGGGAGCACCGUCGUGGCUCGCAGCUUUCGCUGCCGAUUUCCGCAAGCGCUUCAUCUCGCUUUUGGGCUACCGCUUCCGCGAAUUCUCCGUUGUGCUUGCGCUCAGCAUGCUCGAGGAAGCUUCCAAUGGCGCCGAAGCCGAUCUUGGUGGCAACACCCACAGCAAUGUGCUGUCGUUGCAAGAAGUGGAUAUGCUUCUCUCCCCUUUCGACAUGAAGCGUUUGGAAGCAUACGGCAAUAACAUGAUCGACGUACACAUCGUGCACGAUCUUUUCCCCAUUCUGGCUACACUUUAUUUCCAAAGGCGUCUACUAUCCGCCGAUGAAAACGCGUCAGGAUCAGCAAACGACGGAAGCGAAAAGGCACCUCUCAAGUUGUCGACUGUGCAAGCCGCGAUUCUGCUCGCUGUUGGCCUACAGCGUAAAGACAUCAACGACGCCGAGGCGGAGCUGAAUUUGCCAUCUUCCCAAUUGCUUGCGCUAUUCAACAAAGCGGUGCGACGGAUCGUCAAGAGUCUGCGCAGCGUGCAGCGUAAAGAAAUCGAGCAAGACAUGCCGAGCGCAUCUGCCGGUGCUCCGACACGCAAGGGUUUCCUCGCCAACGGAGCCAACAAGUCGGGCGAUGGCUGGCAGCCGCUUGCAAAGGAUCUUCACGAGGAGCUUAAGGACGCAGCAGACAUGGUGGAGACUGAGGCCGAGCGGGAGCGCAAGCAGCUUCAGCAGGAGCUGCUCUCUUCGGUCGACCUCGCCAAGUAUCGCAUCAACAACAAUCAAGAGCGUGACUGGAGCGCCGCAGAGAAACAGGUUCAAGCUCUUACUGCGGGCGGAUCCGCUCCUGGCUUGAACACGACAAUGAGCGUCAAAGGCCCCGCUAGGGAUAUCCUGGCGGAGGAUGAUAAAAAGGCAGCUCAGCCCAAGCGCAAGGGCGAGCGGAGCGCGUCAGGCAAGCACAACAAGAAGCAGAAAACGUGACUACAACUGCAGAUACAAAUGUACAUGUGCUGCUGUUGAUGAUUGUUGUACUUUACAUUGCGCGGCGUGCAUCCUU